AUGGCCGCUCGCACAGGCCAAGAUGCGGCUCAAAUGCCUUUUAUCAAGAACCUCGCCUCGAGCGACCGCAAGCUGCGCACGUCAUCCCUCGAAGCCCUCACCGCCUUCCUCUCCUCCCGCCGGGCGCUCCCCGACGCCGACGCGCGCAAGCUCUGGACCGGGCUGUACUACGCCCUCUGGAUGACCGACCGGCCGCGCCCCCAGCAAGCCCUCGCCGCCGACCUCGCCGAGCUUUUGUUCUCGCUGCGCCCGGCGCGGUGCCGGGAGGCCUGGCUGCGCGCCUUUUGGCACGUGCUGGGCGCGCAGUGGACGGGCAUCGAGGCGCUGCGGCUGAACAAGUUCUUGCUGCUGGUGCGUCGCGUGUGGGCGGCGACGGUGCGGCUGGCGCUGCAGGGCGAGGAGGGGAGGGCGACGGCGGUCAAGGUGUGCCGGGAGUGCGUGCUGGACGGGGAGGGCGGGCGCGACGGGCAGGGGGAGCUGCCGCUGGGGCUGAGGCUGCACGUGCUGGACGUCUGGGUGGACGAGCUGGAGAGGGAGGGCGCGCUGGGAGGGGGGCCGCGCGGGGAGGAGGCGGAGGGGUUGGUGGCGGAGCUGGGGGGGAUGGUGCAGGCGCUGACGAGGAACGGGAGCAAGGCGGUGCGCGAGCGCGCGAGGGACAGCUACGAGGACGAGAGGCUGCCGUGGGCGAGCAAGGCCGAGGAAGACGAGGAAGAUGAGGGCGAGGAUAGUGAUGAUGGCUGGGGCGGCAUCGAGGAUUAG